ACAAAGAAGAACUUGAACUCGGUUGACGUGGCACAAUAGGAGUAGGAGAUAACAAUGGGUUUGUAGAUCUGGUUGCAUAGAAUAAAAAUAGAUAGGUUGGGUCUCUCUCUCUCUCUCUCUCUCGUGACUCCUCCUUUCCUCUCCCUCAGUAACCGCUCUGGUACUGUUAGAUCCUCUCUCUCAAUCGGAAGAGAUACAUAUUUAACAAAUCGAAGAAGAAAAGAGAGGGAAAAAACGCAGUGAACAAACGAACCUAAGUCACGUUCGGAUCUCUCCUUCUCUCUCUCUCUCUCUCUCUCUCUCUCUCUGCCUAAUACACUAUUGCCUGUCACUGAUCCUUCGUUAAUGGCUUCUUGAUCAGAGACAUCUCUCUCGUAAAGAUUGUUUGGAGAAGCAAUUGGAUCAUAUGAGGUGUUCACUUGGUUCUCCAGUUGUCAAUUCAGAUGUGCAAUUUUUGCAAGCUUGCUAUAAUAAGGAAAUUUCCCUCAGAGUCACACAGGUGAGCAAGGUGAGAUUGAAUCUUUUGAUCCAAGGAAGUACUGUUUUGCAGUUCCAUAAGUUUGGCAGAGGAGGACACAGGCUAGCAUGGCAGAAGGUGAGGAGCGUAUUGAGCUUAAAUUCCGCAUAUAUGACGGAACUGAUAUAGCACACAGUACUUAUUCAUCUUCAACGACAAUUGGUACCCUUAAGCAAAGGCUAGUUGCUGAGUGGCCUCAAGGUAAAACAGUUACACCAAAGUCAGUAAGUGACCUAAAACUUAUACAUGCUGGUAAAUUUUUGGAAAACAGCAAAACUCUUGCUGAUUCCAGAAUAACUUUUGGUGACAUCCCUGGAGGUGGUAUUACCGUGCAUGUUGUAGUACAGCCUCCAGUAACUAAAAAGAAGACAGAGAAGAAUCAGGAGAACAAGCAAAAGAUGAAUUCCUGCUCAUGCACUAUCCUCUAGUUUAGGAAGCAUACCUUGUGCUGCCCUUGAAGAUAAGGAUGCAUUUUUGCUUUUUCAACUCUCGGGAUGAUGGGUAGGCAGUGCGCUAUCCAAUGGCAUUGCGUAAGACAUGUUUGGUUUUGUCAUGCUUGCUUCUUUUAAUGUUCGAUUCAUUUUUAGUCAUUGUCUUCGGAGUGAAAUCAUCAGAUAUUAGCAUUGUAAAAUUCUGACCUGAACGAGUACAAUAAGAGUGUUGCAGGGCACAAACCUUGGCCAUACUCCAGAUCAGACGGCCCCAACAUUCGAUGAAUGCAUAUUGUUUGGAAGUAUAUAAUAUGACGACUCCUCUCCCC